AUGUCCGUCGUCGCCCUCAACGAAAUCCCCACCCUCACCCAACUCUAUCAAAAAGGCGACCUCACCCCCGUCGCUAACCCCCUCCGCCCCGCCUCCCCCACCAUCAACGAUCGCGUCAGCGUCUACCGCGGCGACAUCACCCGCCUGCACGUCGGAGCCAUCGUCAACGCCGCCAACGAGAGCCUACUGGGCGGCGGCGGCGUGGACGGUGCCAUCCAUCGUGCAGCGGGGCCCGAAUUGGUGAACGAGUGCUACACGCUGGAUGGAUGCGACACCGGCGACGCCAAGAUUACUAAGGGUUACCGGCUGCCUGCUGACAAGGUGAUUCAUGCCGUCGGCCCCGUGUAUAGGCAACUAGGGCGAGAGCGAGCAGAGGCUGCCUUGAGGGGCUGUUACCGGAAGAGCUUGGAGCUUGCGGUGGAGAAUGAUUGCCGAAGUGUGGCGUUUAGUGCCAUUAGCACGGGCAUUUAUGGGUAUCCCAGUCGAGAUGCUGCCCGGGUUGCAUGCGAAACAACGAGAGAGUUCCUCGAGGGGAAAGACGGGGAGAGUCUGCGCCGGGUCAUCUUUGUCACGUUUGAGACGAAGGAUGUGGUUGCCUAUAAGGAGGCUGUACCUCAAUUCUUCCCUCCUGCCGAGGCAAGCUAG